CGCUGAGUCCCAGGUGAUCGCAGUUACGCAGAUCCUGAAUCUCCUCCUUCCGCCUUAGAUCGCUUAUCCGACUCCGGCUCUGCAGCGGCAGGUCCAGCAAUCCACCCUAUGCCCCAACAGUCCAGCUGACAGCACCGCAGCAGCGCACUCAGGCCUCAGAUAAUUUGAUGAAGCAAUCCAAGGAUCCCUUUGAAGCUGCAUUUGAGGAACAAGAGGAAUCACCCCCUGAUUCUCCUACAGGAGCUGGUGAUGACGAAAGCCAAAAUGUGGCUACUCUUGCCCCGAGUGAUCACGGAAUGAAUGAUUUUGUUUCCAUUGAUCACUCUGAAAACCCUUCAACCUCUUAUGCUGCAACUGCUCCUACUGGGACUGCUAGCAAACCCAAAGAAGAUGAUGAAGAAGAAGAUGAAGAGAACAUGGACAUGCAGCUAGGAAAGUUCUCAUCUAGUAGCGACCCUGAUAAAAUGGCCAAGAUGCAAAGCAUUUUAUCACAAUUUACUGAAGAGCAAAUGAGUAGGUAUGAAUCUUUUCGAAGAUCUGGAUUUCAAAAGUCUAACAUGAAACGGUUACUAGUAAGCAUAACAGGAAGUCAGAAAAUUUCUUUGCCAAUGACCAUUGUGAUGUCUGGUAUUGCUAAAAUGUUUGUUGGUGAGCUUACUGAAAUGGCUAGAAUGGUGAUGUCAGAGAGGAAUGAUUCAGGACCAAUUAGACCAUGUCACAUAAGAGAAGCAUAUAGAAGAUUGAAACUGGAGGGGAAAGUCCCAAAAAGAUCAGUCCGGCGACUUUUCUGCUAGAAAAGCAUUGAUGAUCCGUCCAUUUGCAGGUUUUAGCCUCUCUACUCACAGGAAUAGAAGUGUGGUCCACGUAGAUCUCGCCUCUCUGAGUUUUUACUUCCAAAUGGAUAUACAAGCUAUGUUUGGGUUGGUUAUUUGCUCAGGCUUUGGGAUAGAAAAAUGUUAUACUUGGACUCCCAGAAGCAGGUUUAUCCUUUGUAUGUAAAACAUUGUUAUACAAUCUUGAUUUUAUAUAUCAACCGGUAGCAACAGAAGUGUUUCGUUACCCUAAAAAAGUGUUUCGUUCAUAUAGUCCACUACGAGAACGAAUAGCUUAUUGCUUCUAAUAUUGACGUGAGAUCUACAUUUUUUUAAGGUCUGGUUUGACUCUUUUC